ACAAAGUUUUCUUCUCCGGUGGUCUCACGGCCCUCACCCGAAUUCCGAACGAAACGCAUUCGACGAAUGUGGCGGAUAGUUGGUUAAUUUCCUUGCAUUUAGCAGAAUUUGAAUUUCGAAAUUCUAAACGGUCAUUUCCUCCGAUGGUUUGCUUUGCUUACGUCUCUCCAUCUUUCUCUCUACAUAUAAUCCCUCCAUCUUCCCCUCCCUUUCUCACUGCUCUCAUCUCAGUUUCUUCUUUGCACUAGCGUCUGUAUCACCUAUUCUCGUCCUUUCGCUUACGAGGUUUCUCAAUUUCUUUCCAUUCUACUAUGGAUUUCCAUACCCUUUCAAGGAAGGAGCUCCAAACCCUCUGCAAGAAGAACAGAAUACCGGCCAACAUGACCAACGUGGACAUGGCCGAUGCUCUGAAUGCUCUCAUUAAUGUGGAGGGAAUCGAAGAGAUUAGGAAUCCAACAACUGCGUCCGAAGACCUACAACCUGUUGGUGAAACGCCACGGAAGACAGAGACCCGAUCUCCGGAUCUCCCCAAAACCUGCCGCAGAACCUCAACUCGCCGGAAACAACCCGUUAAAGAUCAGGUCGUUCUGAUCGAGAAUGAACUCCCAAGUUCUCUUCCUCUUACUCGGACUCUCCGGGGGACAAGAAGAAGAAUCAUCCAAGAGGAGGAACAACAAAAGGAAGAAGAUUCCAAGAUAUUGGUCGAGAAACCAGGUGAAGGUAAUAUAACAGAAAUACUGGCGACACCCAUUAACCAAUGUUCCCGGAGAAGAACUAUGGCGGCUUCAACUCAUCAGAAAGUAGCUACCCACGUCGAGGAGGACAAAGAGAAACAGAAAGAAAAUACUGCUACGCGUGUUUACGGUACGAGGCGAUCCGCGAGGUUGGCUGAAAAGAAGAUUUCUGAAUCGGUUCAGACGAAGGGGAGAGGGAAAACAGAAGCCAUUAAGAUUGCCGAGUUGUCUGAAGAAGAGACUGAAGAUAUGGAGAAAAAAACAAAUAAGGCACCCGAGGAAUCAUCUGAUGCUUUUGAGACCGUCUUGUCCAAUGUGAAGAAAAAUACUGCUACGCGUGUUUACGGUACGAGACAAUCCGCGAGGUUGGCUGAAAAGAAGUCUGAAUCGGUUCAGAAGAAAGGAAGAGGGAAAACAGAAGCCAUUAAGUUUGCCGAGUUGUCUGAAGAAGAGACUGAAGAUUUGGAGAAGAAAGAAAAUAAGGCACCCGAGGACUCAUCUGUUGUUUCUGAAACUGUCUUGCCCAAGGAGCCGUCCAAAUCGGUAAGUACUAAUGUAAAAGAUGAUAAGAAACAAGUCAAAAAGAAACAGAAGGAAAAUACUGCUACGCGUGUUUACAGUAUGAGGCGAUCCGCGAGGUUGGCUGAAAAAAAGAUGUCUGAAUCGGUUCAGAAGAAAGGAAGAGGGAAACCAGAAGCCAUUAAGAUUGCCGAUUUGUCUGAGGAAGAGACUGAAGAUUUGGAGAAGAAAGAAAACAAGGCAUCCGAAGAAUCAUCUGAUGUUUCUGAAACUGUCUUGCCCAAUGAACCGCCUAAAUCGAUCAGUGAUGUAAAUGAUGAAGUACAGCAAAACAGAGAAACUGUUGCUGAUAUUGUUCUUAUUGGUAUUGAGCCUGUGUCGGAUGAGGUUCCAGUUAAUGAGGAAACUGAUGCUGAAGAUUCUAAUGGAGACAAGCAGCCUGAAGAUAGUACAGAUGAUGCCCGUCAAAAACAUGUCGAAGACCCAAAUUUCGAAGAAAACCUGGAAAACAGAGAUUCUGAGGUGAGUGCAUGGGAAGACCAUCAGAGCAAGACUUGCCAUUUGGCAUCGAGAGAAGCUGCCAAAGAUGAGUUUGAUGGUAAGAGAUGCAAUAAGAUUAAAUCCCGAUUUGAAGAAUCUUCCUUGAUCCCAGAAUUAGGGAAUUUCGAAUCCAUGGAGAUUGCAAUACAUGAAUACAUGAGCAGUUUGGAGAAUGAAAAUUGCAGUGCAGAAGCAAAUCAUGAAGACCCAACCGAGAAAACUGUUGAAAUUUCUCAGGGGGAGCUGAUAAAUUCCACCCACCAGUUUUUGGCAAAGGUUGGAAUCCACAUGCAAUUGAAAGUCGAAGAUGCCGUCCCUGAUCAAUUGCAGAAAUGUGAUCCUGUCAAGGAGGACUCAAACUCCACGGAACUAUUUCCUGAACAACCGGAGAACUGUGAUCCAUUUUUGGAGUCAAGUUCUGACAGUUGUUCCAUAAGAGAUGAUGUUCCUGAAGAUAUACAAUUGAAAGUUGAGAAUACUGUUGCUGAUCAACCUGAGAUGGACGUUCCUAAGGCAGAGAAUACUGCUGACCAUGAGGUUCCUAAGGCAGAGAAAGAGAAGUAUUGGCCAGCUUCAGAUACAGUGGCUGACCAUGAGGUUCCUAAGGCAGAGAAAGAGAAGUAUUGGCCAGCUUCAGAUACAGUGGCUGAGGAGUCUGCUGUUACGAUUGAUGAGAUUUCAGCAACCAAGGAAUGCAUCCCAUGUUUGGUUGAGGCUCCAACGUCCCAUGAGAUUUCAGCCACUGAUCAAACUCUGACCAAUGUUCUAGCAGGCUUAAGCCUUGGAGCACCUGGAUCAGACUCCAAGCAUCAUUUACCACUUCAGAUUCAAGUGACACCGAGGAAGUCAUCCAGCAAAAAGCAAACACCAAUUCGAAAGGCAAUCCGGGUCUUGAAGGAUGACAAGGAGAACAUUGACAAUAGCGCCAGGAAACUGGAGUCGGGUAGUGGACUGAAAAGUGCCAAGUUGUUGACUCUCGUUGCAGAAGAGAAGGAGAACAAUAUCAAACUGAAGGACACUGCACAGAAGGCAUUCAGUAGCAUGGGUCUAGGAAAGCUGAGGAAGACUCAAAAGGGGAAAUUGCAGAGCAACAAUGAUAAGGUGAGGCAACUCUUCUUAAAAGGAACAAGAGCAGCAACAGCAGCAGCUUGAAAAGACAAGAACAGCUCUACAGACUCUGGAGAACCGGUUGAUGUUGGGAGAUACAGAAAACUGACUCAAGAUACUUGCUAUUGGUGCUGGUGUGGUUGUCAUGGCAGUCAUAGUUAUGGGGUUAAAACCUUGGUUUACCCCUUAGAUUUUUUUUUUCUUGGUAGUAAUAUUUUGAUGGGACUUGUCAUGGUUAAGAGUUGCAUUUUUUUCUCUUGCUUUCCUUUUCGAGUGUUAUUAGCGUUUAGGAACAAUGAAAGGGGAUAUUUCUGAAGUGAGAUAGGAUGGUGCUUUAUUACAGGAUAGUGAAUUGAAUUGAAUGAUUUAAAUAAAAUCUCAAAUGAGAAAAAUUCUAAGCAGUAAGGAAGCACUUUUCUCAUGGUGUCAGCAGGGAAAGUAACCCCAUUGAAUUCUAUAUGUUUAGUCUUGCUCCAAAACAGUAGAAGUGUA